CCAAGCACCAUCAACAAGAAUCACGAAAGAUCAUUUGAAAAGAAAGCAAAAGGAAAAACGACAGUGAGAAAUCAGAAAUGCAGUCACUUCCAAGCCCUUGUGCAACAACAAGCAUCAGAUCACAACACAAAACCAAUAUCCUUUCUUUACCGUACCCAAAUCUCUUCGCUUCAUAUCCCAAGCCUUCCACCUCACCAUCUUUUAGCUUAACACUAAGAUCCCAAUCCCAGAAGCAGCCCAGUAGUAGAACCAUCAGUUUGUUGACUUCUGAUCGUUUUAGAGUUCAUUGCGGCAUUUCAUCAGAUAGUUACGGUGCUAACAACAAGAAAAGUUUCAGAGAAUGGGUUGAGUGGGCUGGUGAAGUGAUUUCCACUGCAUUCCCGCUAUGGGUUUCUUUGGGCUGUCUGAUUGGGUUGUUCAAACCAAGUUCUUUCAAUUGGAUGACGCCCAAGUGGAGCAUUUAUGGUCUUACUCUUACUAUGCUUGGUAUGGGUAUGACUCUUACCCUUGAUGAUCUUCGAGGGGCUUUUGCUAUGCCCAGAGAGUUGAUCCUUGGUUUUGUUCUCCAAUAUACGGUGAUGCCCUUAUCUGGGUUUUUUGUGAGCAAGCUCCUAAAUCUGCCAUCUCACUAUGCAGCGGGUUUAAUAUUGGUGGGUUGCUGUCCUGGUGGUACAGCAAGUAACAUUGUCACGUAUCUUGCCAGAGGAAAUGUUGCACUCUCUGUGCUGAUGACUGCUGCAAGCACUCUAUCAGCUGUGAUUAUGACCCCCUUUCUCACAGCCAAGCUGGCGGGGCAGUAUAUUGCAGUGGAUGCAGUUGGACUGCGAAACUCAACACUGCAGGUUGUGCUUCUUCCUGUAUUGGCUGGUGCAUUCCUAAAUCAGUAUUUCAGUGACCUGGUUAAACUUGUUUCUCCUUUGAUGCCAACCAUUGCAGUCGGAACCGUCGGUAUUCUGGUCGGAAAUGCUGUUUCCCAGAGUGCAUCCACAAUUCUUGCAUCUGGUCUACAAGUUGUACUAGCUUCAGCCCUUCUUCAUGCAUUUGGAUUUUUCUUUGGCUACAUCCUUUCAAGAGCACUUCAUGUUGAUGAAACAUCAUCACGAACCAUCUCGAUCGAGGUUGGCAUGCAGAACACGCUUCUCGGACUUGUUCUUGCUGCUCAGCACUUUCAUAAUCCACUGACGGCAGUACCAUGUGCAGUAUCCAGUGUAAGCCACUCGGUUUUAGGUAGUAUGUUGGCCGGAAUUUGGAGAAGCAAUGUACCAAAGCAGAAGCAGGAGUGAUAAUUAUAUAUGUUAAAGUUUUACAUCAGUAUUGGUACAUAUGUGAAAUAUUUAUGUGUGGAUGGAUGAUAUGGAAAGAUAAUGGAUGAUAUGGAAA